UAUCAGUCUGUAUCGGGCUCUUCGAGGAGGCAGUACCCAACACAAACUGCCAUGAUACGUACACCACGAAUGUGUACAUUUUUAACGUAAUAAUAUUAACUAAAAAAGUAUCUAAUGGGAACUAUAAAUUGGGGAGAACUGUUUCCAGGAAGAUGGAGCCUUGUUAUCUUUAUUUCUUAUAUGGCCCUUUUUGUGAAUCAAGGUAUUAUUGUAACUUGGUCACAGAAAAAUGGGCAGUAUGAAUACAGUAUUGUUAUGGUAGUAUUAAUGACAGAAAUGCUGAAAUUGAUUGCUUCAAUAAUAUUGUAUUGCAAAGACAAUAGCAUCAAAAGUCUUUGCCAAGAAAUCACAGGCAAUAAAGGAGUGCUACUACUAUACAUGAUACCUGCAUUUUUAUAUUGCCUAUACAAUAAUCUAGCAUUUAUCAAUUUGGCUGCAUUUGACCCAACAACUUAUUAUCUACUAUUACAAUUUCGUGUUGUCAUGACAGGAAUUAUUUUCCAGGUCGUUUUUAAUAAAAAACUAUCGAUAAAACAAUGGUUUUCAUUAAUAAUAUUAACCAUUGGGUGCAUGGUGAAACAUGUAGACUUGGAUUUUGGUGUUGAUAUAUUCAGUGCCAAAAUUAAUUUAACUAGUAGUGUAAUUCUUGUAUUUCUACAGGUAUAUUUAAUUUUCCGUCAUAUAUAUGGUAAUAUAUAUACAGGUGUGUUCAGUAAAAUUCAAUCUACAUUUGAAUAUUUUCAGAUGAUUUGCUCCUGCUUAGCUGGGGUGUACAAUGAAUACCUUCUUAAAGAACAAGGGGCAAAUAUUAAUAUUUUUGUACAAAAUGUAUUUAUGUACAUUGAUAGUAUCUUUUGUAAUGUCACAGUAUUUGUAGGACUAUAUGUAUCAGGAAGUAAUUCCUCGGACAUGUUUAGUAAUGUUCAUCCUAGUAUAUUAUUGCAACCAAAAGUAAUUAUGAUCAUGCUCAACAAUACAGCAGUUGGAAUAAUUACAAGUUUCUUUCUGAAAAGCUUAAACUCUAUAUUGAAAACAUUCGCCAGUGCACUGGAGCUGGUGUUCACUGCAGUUUUAUGUUGGUUAAUCUUCAGUAUUCCUAUUCAAAUGAAUACAGUGAUUUCUAUUGGUAUGGUGAGUUAUGCAGUUAUAUUGUAUUCACAAAAUCCAGUGCAAAACGUUAGGACCAAAGACAGUCUGUUAAAGGCUAAUAGCCCAGUUUAAUGAAAGUGAUUUAGAUUAAGUAUCUUUCCAUUGCUGUGUAAAUAAUGUCGAAGGCAUUUUACUUAAUGGAGUUUUAUUAUUUAUGUGUUCAUUCUAUGUCUCACUAUUGUACACAGAUAAUGUAUUAUUGAAUUAUAUGUACAAAUUACAUACAAUUGAUUAAUUUUCUUAGUAAAUAUUUAUUGGACAUGGAACUAUUUAUGA